CUCCUGAAAAUGGUUUCUUUUUCGUUCAACCCCAGCAAUCUACACACACACAAAGUGCCUUUCCAUCUGUCCAAAAAUUGCAUUGUGAAUCAGCUUCAGCUUCAGUAGCAUCUCAUUGCAUCAAUCUUUUCGCAAUUCGUUAUCACAUACACUAAGAUAACACACAAGUGGUUUGCAAAUAGCGUUACCGUCCUGGGCGGUUCCGGUUUAUCAGUGCAGAAAUAUCUGACAGCUGUCGGUUAAUGUUAGAUUCAACGAUGAUAAGAAUGUCACACGUUGGACAUGGUGUGUCUUGUGUUUUUCAUCUUCCCGUCAAAUGGCGCUUAUAAAGCAAUUACUUAAUUACCAUCUGUUUACAUUUGAAAUUUCAACACUCCAGAAAGAAGGUAUUACUGGAUAUGAAGGAAGGAGAUUAUAAAACUUUAAUUAACCCCUAAUUUGUUUUUAAGGGUGUAUAAAAGAUCGACAUGACGUUAAAUAAUUAGAACAAACACUUUCACCAGCUAAAUCUUCUGUUUAUAUAUUACCUUAAUCGGGAGCGCCAUUGAACCAUAUUGAAUUUAUGUUGUAAUAUUUGCAAGCAAACUUUGUGUACUUUACAUGCACUACCGUGCCUACCUGCAAAAUCUACAGUAUUUAAAGUAGUAUAGAAAAACAAAACAUGAUCAGAAGACUUAGCUCAAAUCCUAAUUAACAAACUAACAAACUAACUUUAUGUGAUGGUAGAUUGUAGUGAAUCAUUGCAAUGGCUUUCCAAGAACUAAGACUUGACUGUCAUCCGCUGGAUGACAUACAUCAUGAUACUCAUUAUAUAACAGCGCAGACAAAAAAAACGAACAAAAAAGUUCUUCACCACAAAACUCACAAUUUUGACCACCACCGUCAAUCGGUCGAUCUCAGUGUACAAAUGGCGAUUAGCGCAGUGUUCAAGUGGUUGAAUGAUAUCGCAUGCGUAUGAAGCUGCCCAAGACCUGUUUUGAAAAUUUCACUACACUUCAGUACGCGUUUCACCAUCAUCGAGCACUGAGCCAUCAUAGGCUCCGUACAGUCUUGCCAUGCGCAACUGCAGCAAGAAUUUUAUACUGAUAGUGAGCAUUGCCGUAGUGCAGGUGUACAUAUUCGUGAUAUUUUUCUACAAUGGUGGUCGGGGACGGUUUGACAAUGUGUUCAAACAACUAUCCCUACUGCAGAACUGUACAAACAUCAACGAGACGGCCCAACUUCAAGAAGAAGUCAUCUCUACUACACCUUCAUCCACGGUCGAAACAACAUUAUUUAAGUACAUGUAUACAACGCUUGGACUCGAUCCAAGGUUUCCAAUAACUCCGGGUGACAUGGGCACACCUGUGGAGAUCGACUUCAAUGAUACCGAUGUGGAGAAACUAGCGGGGGAUGGAUUAGCCCAGGGGCCACAGCUGAGAGCCAAUUUCGGUAUCUCUCGGGAGGCCUGCAGCCCGCGGGACGUAGUUUAGAGACCCCUGGAUUCGUCGAGCAUGAAUGCCGCGUUUGGUAAUGAAAGUUGCCCGAACUGCGUGAUCCAUGGUGUACGGCGGAACAACAACUUCAAACUACUUUACCACAAGCAUCGAUAGUAAUCGAAUUAUACAAUGAGGCUUGGUCGGUAUUGGUACUCCAUCCUUGAUCGUAGUCCAAAAGAACUCAUCCGCGAGAUCAUCCUGGUAGAGGAUUAUUCGAAUUUGGGUAAGAUUUAAAUGAUCCUUUACGUUAUUUUAUAUUACCAAUGGUUAUUUGUAGAGGAUAAUCCAUUAAGAAAGUUUUUGCAGAAUACUCUUUGUUGCAAAUCGGAGCAGCGUAGCGAACUUAUUUUUUUAUUUCUUUUAGCUCAUUGUUAUGAUGUAGAAUCUAUUG